CCUCCGAACUACCGCUCCCAUGAGGCGCAGCGGCGGCUACGGCGGGGGAGGAAGGACAAGAGGGGUCAGAAAGCGGGGCCGGCAUGGAGGAGCGGCCGCACGGGCUCAGCCCGCACCUGGAGCGGCUCACGCUGGGCGUGACCCGGAUCCUGGAGACUUCUCCAGGAGUUGCUGAAGUGACGUUUGUGGAGAAGGAGCCAGCGGAGCGCCACGCAAUUAUUUCAUGGGAACAAAAAAACUCCUGCGUGUUGCCAGAGGAUUUAAAGAACUUCUAUCUCAUGACCGAUGGCUUCCAGAUGACCUGGAGUGUGAAGACUGAUGAUACCCCGAUGCCCCUGGGCUCCAUGGUGAUUAACAGUAUCUCAAAGCUUUGUCGGCUUGGGGGUUCCUCCAUGUACGCCCUGCCGAAUGCACCAUGUCUCGCUGACCUGGAAGAUGAUUCAGAUGAGGAAGGUGAUGAAGACAAACCGGAGAAGCCACACUUUGAUUCUCGUAGUCUUAUCUUUGAAUUAGACCCAUGCAACGGGAAUGGGAAAGUUUGCCUUGUUUAUAAGCACGCUAAACCAGUUGUCUCCCCAGACACAGAGAUAUGGUUCCUGGACAGAGCUCUGUAUUGGCAUUUCCUCACCAAAACCUUCACAGCCUACUACCGCCUGCUCAUCACUCACCUGGGUCUCCCACAGUGGCAGUACGCCUUCACCAGCUAUGGGGUGAGCCCCCAGGCCAAGCAAUGGUUUAACAUGUAUAAACCUAUAACCAUCAACACAGCUCUCCUCUCUGAAGAAGCUGAUUCCUUUGUGAACAAGCUGGACCCCAACAAGGUAUUUAAAAGCAAGAACAAAACUCCAGUGAUGAAAAAGAAACCAACGUCCCAGCCAGCAGGGGCCCAAAAGAGCCACACUAGCAUGACCUCCUCCAAGACAUCCUCGCUAGUUGGGAAUUCUUCAAAGAAGCGAGACCCCCAGAUCUGACCCCAACAGCAUUUGCAAUAAGCUUUGAUAUGCUCUGAUGCAGUCUCAGCGAUUCAGACCAAGCUCCUUGUGCAUGAAUAGAUGUGCCCAUGGAAAACGCACUGCAGUGUUUGCAUGAAAUAUAACCACGAUGUACUUUGACGUGGGAGGGAUGUAGUUCCAGGCAACUCUGAGAAAAACCUUGAGACACUGAUUUAAUUCCCUUCUGCUACUUGGAGUAUGCACUUUUCAGAGGGCGUGAAUAAGCCCUUGAUGUCGGUGCUCUGUGGGGAAGCUGUUAUUCCUGUGCAACUACAGCAGUGAAAUGAAAGUAAAUGUAAGUCACUGUUACUUUAAUGGACCACUCAUGCUGAAUUGCAGCAUAAGGACAUUUCUGCUGUCUCCUUUGAAAGAAACCUGUCCUGACCUUGCAUGCUAUGGGAGCAGGCUGGAACCCACGGAACAAAGAAGUAUCUUCCACUUCAGACAGACUCAAACUGCAUUUCCCUGUUCUGCUUCCAACUCCUGCUCUGAGAUUCACAGCGCAGUGGGACCUGGGGCUUCCAUAUCUCUGUGUUGGCCUGGCACUUGCUCUUACAACCCAGACCACUCCUUGGCCUUUGUGCCGUAGCUUUUCAGGUAACAACACCCGUGUGGUGUCCUUUCCUUUGAGCAGCCAGAAGCUGCAAGGUCCCUUGUUGCCUUUGCUUUCUGGUGUUGUGGGAGCUGCUCAGCCAGGGCAGCUGCAGGUGGGUCUGUGGUGUUAGAGUCCUGUAAGCCAGGAGGACCCUCUGGUCUGUUACACAUUUGUUUGCAACCUGAGCAUUCAGCCUUUGUCACUUGUUAAUUAGGCAGGAUCUGACCAGGGGCCACUGAGAUCCUGCAGCUCUACAAGCCCCUGAUGCUGUUUUCUGUACUGGAAGUUUUCAGGGUAGAACUGCACUUUAACCCACUCACUGCUGAUUUUCAGUUGCAUCUGUUUCCAAUACACUUAUAUGCCAUUCUGUCCUCUUAAAUAUGCUGAAAAUGCAUGGUAGCAAACAACCCGUUUUGUGCCUAAGCAGGGAAAUAAAAGUCACCAUCUCCAACUCAGCUUGGAUUAUUUAAAGAGCAGCAUCUUUUAUUUGUGAAGCAGUCAUAUAAUUACAUACGACCAAACUACCUCACAGGGAUGUUGUGAGGCUUUUGCAAGUGUUUGUAUGGCCUUCAGAAAGAUGAAGCCGCCCUGUAAGCGCUUAAUAGUAUUUUAAUAAAGAUUUUAAUAUUUUC